AUGAGUGAAGAAUUAACACUUUAGAAAGUUAAGGAAAAUAUAUUCUGGGCUGACUACUAUAAAGAAUCGUAUAAAUUCAAGGAUUUUAAUAUACGUAAACAUGGUGUUACCAUAAAUGAUGAUUUUUUGAGUGUUCUGGCAAAUAAUUAAUAUUUGACAGCUCAACACUUUGUUUUUUUUCAGGGGAUGUUUUCAUAUUAUUUUGGAGAAUUUCUUGUACUUUCUUUAGACUGUCAUGUUUUCACAGAGUUCAUUCCAGAUGUUUCAAAUACUAUACUUUCAAACAUGAUGGUCACUCAAUAUUAAUAGAAAUCUACUCCAAAUUUAUUUUAAAUGUUUGAAUCCUAGUAUGAAUAAGAACAGUAAUCAACUCAAGAGACCCAAAGUUAAAAUAAUUCCAUUUUUUAAAAGACUUUAAACCUUAUCAAAUUCUUAAAUCCAUUAAGAUUUCUUAGAAAAUCCUAACCUCAAUAAGACCUCAAUUUACAAGAUAGUUUUUCAAAUCAAUUUAGCUUUAGUUAUUAGAAUGAAGUCUCCUAAUAAAAAGAAUUAUUGUAAAAGUACAAUUUCUAAGUGAAAAGCAUUUCUUAUGAAAAAAAGGAUCAGUAAGAACCUACCUAAGGGAUUGCAAAAGGUGAGAUGAAAAUAAAUAAUGUAAUCAUACUAGAAAAUGAAAAAGGAAAGUAUUAGUUUAACAAAUUAAACAUUCAAAUUAAAAAUUUAAAAGAAAAAUACAAAUUCUCUACUUUAGUUUAAAAAAACAUUUUUAGUCUGUUUAAAUAUACAUACAUUCCUAUUAAUUUGUAAAAUAACCAUUGGCUUUGUGCUAUUGUGGAUUUUAAUGAAAAUCAAAUAUAAUAUUUGGAUUCUAACUAUUAAAUAUAAAAUAAUGUGGUUGAAGGUUUGGAACAAAUGUAAAAUUAUUAAGGUGAACAGACAAAAUGGUAAAUCAUAGAAGGCAGUCCAAAACAAGAAAACAGUUUUGACUGUGGAAUAUUCUGUUUAAUGGCUUUGUAUUAACUUUAUAAAAAGGGUAAGCUUAUCUAACCUAAUUCAUAUAAUUAAUAAGAUAUUAAUAGUUUUAGAAAAUAAUUACUCCAUUUAGCAGUAAUAGAGAGUCAACAUGAUAUUAAUUAAAAAUUACUUAAUAUUAUUUUAGAUUUUAAACAUCCAAAUUGA